GGCGUACUGUGAUAGUAUCGACUACAAUUUAAUCGUUGACUACAGUUUUCAUCGUCUGUGGCGCGCGCAACAAAAAUAACAGCUGUACCGUUUCUCCUAACCUCAAAGCGCUCCAUCAAUCUUCUUCCUUAAAUCGGUCACGUUUCGCGGGUUCUCAGUAUAUUCGUUAGCAAUCGCGUUAAUUUAUUUGUAUCGAAUUAAAUAAUCAGGUAUAUCAGUGAACGGUAACGAUGGUGAAAAUCAACAUACGAUGGAAGACCGCCGAGGACUUUAAUAUUCUACGAGGGAGUAGUUUUGCGACAAAGGUGAAAUAUUUCUGGCGCAAAGGAUGGGCAGAAAUCCCAGUGAUAAUGGGAAGCUCGUUCUUCUUUGUAGGAGCAUUAGCCUUGUCUACUUACUCAUGGCAUUACGCUAGCACGCACGAUAUGACCCCGAAAUAUUUCCGAACGCCAAGAAUUUACAGACCGGACGACCCGCGAGUUAAGACAAUCCGUUAUGUCUCGGAUUUUGAUAAAGUAUGAAUUUUCAUUUAAUAUGAAUUUCCAUAGCAUUAUAUGAUGAGAUACACAGCUGUUAUAUUGUAGAAUUAUGAUUCGAAUAAAUGUGUAAAUUAUUAUACCAAC